UGAGGUAUUUAAUUAGUGACAUUUGUCUCAUUCAUUUAUGUAUAUAAACAAUCAUUUAGAUUAUUAUUAAAUGUUGUUAAUUGAAAAGGAUAAAUUCUUUAAAAUAAACCAGUGAUAAAUAAUGAGAACAGUUAUAUUGUUAUCAGUUGUAGUGUUGACAUUGUAUUGUGUAGCCGACAUAGAAGGUUAGUUUCAUAGUUUGUAUAUAUAUAGAUUACUAUGUAACAUUUGUAUUCCUGAAUGCUUUAAGAAAAAAAACACUGAUUGUCUAAGCUUGAUCUUGAUAGAGUUUUAUUCGUUCAGCUGGAUGGUUUAGUCGUGAAGCUUUCAAGUAGAAGUCUACCUGAAGUUUGCACUGAUGAUGUUGUUUAGAAGAACGAUGAAAGCACCACGACUAAACCAUUCAGCUCAGAGAAAAAAACCCAUCGAAAUCAUUCACCUGAGCUACAAAUCUUCUCCACUAUCUCAAGCUUAAUCUAGUUAUAUUAACUGAUCCUUAAGUUAUAACCAGUGUAACAUUCGUAUAAUUCUUAAUAUUAACCGAAUUCUAACUUCGGGAACAUGACAUUAUGUACAUUGUGUUUUGAUGUCUUAAAAAAAGUCAUUCAAGAUUUGAAUAUUCUAAGGAUAUCGUCUUUAAUAAAUGAAUUGAUAAAUUCUUUUCAGUAUGGAGUUGUGGAGAUUAUUAAGUUUUUGAUUGAGAUCAUGAACCGAUUGAUGUUAGACCAUUAUUGAAAACCUGGAAGCACUGGAUAGCUAUUUUGUCCUUCUAUGGGACUCCUCGGCAGUGAGUAUUCACGAUCCCGCUUGUAGGAUGUAAGAAUUGCAGGACUUAAGUAGCAAACAUAGUGAUGCACAAAAAGAUUUCCAAAUAAUAGGGAAUAACUAUUCAGUGAACAAUGAUCAUCAAUGAUAUGCUAUCUUACGUUCAUUCGUGAAGAAUACAACCUACAAAUCUUAAGUUCAUUAUGAUACAAAGAAUCGUUUGAUAUAACCCUUGAUGAUAAACGAAAUUAUCUGGAUAUUGUGUCAUUAGAAAAGAAUAUUUUUCCUUCAACCUCCAGGUCUAUUGUGUAUAGAAAUGAAGGAGAAAUUGGUUGAAUAACUCUAAAUACUAAAUUCUACUGUUACUCCCUUAAUCGGACCUCAAUAAAAAAGAAUAAAUUAUCAUAUGAUUCUAAGGUAUUGUAUUUAGUGUAUGAACCUUUACUGGAGCCCUCCCAGUGCCACUGUCGAUUCCUGACGUCAAUAAAUGAAGAGUAUUGUUUAUAGAGUUAGUAAUGUGACCCCUAUAAAAAAUAAACUCCGGUACAUAAUCAAUAACCUAAGAAAACCAUUUAAUGAAUAGUCUAGUUACAUCGAUGCUUGAAUGUUUAUUUGAAGUAAUGAGUAAAUGAGGAUUUAUUAUUGAAAGAUAUAAAAUAAAAUUGAUAUUCAAACACCAUCUUCAAUGAGUUGUUCAGCUUGCUAGUUAGAUUACAAUGAUUUUACGGCUAGAUUGAUAUACUUUUGUUUUAUCUAAUGGUCAGUUGUCCAGAUGAAAUUCAUUUCAAGAAGGUUAAAUGCUAAACUCUUCUGUGUAUCCCCAUCUGAUUUGAAUAAACACAUAUGCUACAGAAUAGAAGAAUUACUGCACUCUUUGACCUAUCUUUCAUAAUUGUGCGCGGAACAAUAGAUCAAGUUCCAGGUCAAUAAAAGAGGCUGUUAGUCUGUUGAACAGAAAUUCUAACAGUUACUUCGAUGAAACUAUAAUUUAUGAAGGAACCAAUCAUGUAUAAGAUAAAAAGUCUUGGGUUUUGAUGCGAAAUUCACUCAACCAUUUGGAUAAAUAGAGUUUUGGCAUUAUAGUUGGUGUUGUGGUGUGUGCUACUUAUAUUGACAUAAGUAGUAGAUGAUGUUAUUCGUGAACAGAAGGUCUGACAGCAAAGAGACAAGAAAAAUCGAACAGUAAAGAAUGGAAACAGGAUCCAAUUUGUAUGAAAAUGCAAGAACAAUGAAGUCUGAGUCAUUUUGAGACAAUUGAUGGACAUUUUGCAAAUUAACCAUUUACUUUAUGAUUGUUAGAUUUAUUUAACAAGUGAUGUAAUUUUGUCUCAAAUACGUUCGAUUAUCCCUACUGGUGUCCUUAUUCACUACAGUUUCGGUUCGUGAUGAACACUCUAAGUCUAACUCCCAACCUUAACCAUCAGCUGAAAAUCAUAAUGCUGAAUCCUCACAUCGAUUUAUGACCAUCAUUUGAUCCUAGUUAUUAGGUGGACACUCUCAAGGUCAGUUUAGCGUCGUUCAAGGGUCGUCCAUCAAUAAUAGAAUAACCCUUACUUCUUUUAGAAAUAUGUUCUGGUGAUAUUGUCUAGAAAGACAAUAAGAGUUUUACGAAAUAGUAAACCAUCUCAAAGAAUUCAACAUCUCCAUAGUUUUCACCUCCAACUACAAACAUUUUCCUUCAUUGCAAGGAAUAUUCUUCAACAUAUUGAUUAAUUGAGUUAACUAUACAAGUGACUUAACUGGUAAAAUUUAAAUUAAAUAUCAGUAUAGGGUUGUAGAGAUUGCUGAGUUUUGCUUGAUAUUAUGAAUUGAUCAAUAUAGGAUCACCAUUAAGGUUGAAAUUUCACAAGCGGAACUGAAGGCACUGAGUUCGAAUCCUACGAGUGGGAUCGUGGAUGGACAUUGUUGAAGAGUAAAAUAUAUAAGAUUGUAGUUUAGUGACUUUUAUUUUAAAACCUAAUACAAACGAUUCAUGUGUAUACUGUUUAAGAUACUAACAAACUAGUUAUACAAAUUUACUAGGAUGAGCGUUUCAUCCAUAUGGAAAUUUGUCAACUAUGUGUAUCUAAAACUUGAUGUUUAUGUUCACACUAGGCACAGAAUCCAAGAUCUAUCUCCCUUAACAUUAAUGUUUGUUACCUAUACGGCCAGUGAGGUACUAUAGUCACAAAAUUGUGAAAGGGGUAAAGUAGUUGCUAUGAUUAUGAUUUACAAAAGUUUAUAUUAGGCUAUUGUUGAUAUACAAUCCAACAGAGGUUAAUUUAAGUUAGUCAGAUAUACCCAUAACAAGGAAAAACAGUUUCUUACAAAUAAUGGUGAAGUUGUAUGAAGAGUAUUUUAUAUUAUCUACAUAUUACUUGUAAACUAUCUAAAUAGUCUUCGAAUUUUAAAUAUGUAUCUAUUCUUUUUGUUAGCUGAGCGAAAAACAGUUAUCUUCCGAGGUCCUCAGUCGUAUGUUGGUUACAAAGGGGGUCAAAAUAAUCAAAGAAUACCAUCAACUCAUCGCCGUGUCGAUAUAAGCAAAGUUCAAUUGUAUGGUGCACGAAAAAAUGAUCCAACUUAUCGUCAAGGAUUAGAAGAACUAUCUGGGUUAAUGUAAAAUGAAAGCUUCAAGACAAAAAAAGAAUUAUUCAUUAAACAUACUUUAUAAUAUUUCAAGUUUGCAACUCUUAACAUAUUUUCUUAGUUAAUACAGUAAUUAUAUACAUGCAUGGUAUUGAAAGCUUCCUUAGAACAUUCCCUUCAUAUAAAAACCAUUACCUUCCAA